AUGCAUCAGUCAAACGAAGAAUUCGUCAAGUUUCUUGGGGAAGGCGCUUAUGGUUUGGUUAACCUAGUCCGCUACACUAAUCCCCACGACGGAUCUUCGUAUCUCUCCGCCGUCAAGAACUCGUAUGACGCAAACUACGACAGUCUCCAAGCAGAGUUACAUGUUCUUCUCGAACUCAGGGGAUGUCCCAGAAUCGUUACGUGUUUCGGUGACUCUCUUCAACAAGGCCUAAGCGAUCACGGUAACAAAGUACACAAACUUCAACUUGAGUACGCUUCUGAAGGUAGCUUACGCACUUUCAUGGACAAAUACGCCGAAAGAAAGUUGCCGGAACCGGUGAUUAAAGAUUUCACAAAGAUGGUCCUUGAAGGUUUGGUGUCUAUUCACGGACAUGGUUAUGUUCACUGUGACAUCAAACCAGACAACUUACUUGUCUUCCCGACAAGUCAAGAUUCAUCAUACGAGAUCAAGAUAUCGGAUUUUGGUAACGCGUUAGAGGUAGGAGUGGUUCCUAAAUUCUGGGAAUCUGAGUUCCCGUGGAUCGGCACUCCCAUCUACAUGCCUCCUGAGUCUGUCUCUGACGGCUUCGCUGACAAAGGAAUAGAUUUGUGGUCGGUGGGGUGUUUGGUACUGGAGAUGUACACGGGAGUUAUACCAUGGGAAGGUGUUAAUAUCGAUCUUCUAGCCACUCUUCUUCGUAGUGGUGAAGCUCCCGAGAUUCCUGAGAGUAUACCUUCUGAUGCAAAGGAUUUUAUCCAAACAUGUUUCUCAAGGGAACCCGAGGAGAGGGGAAGCGCUUUUGAGUUGCUGUCUCAUCCCUUCUUGCCUCGUCCACAAGUUGAAGAAGAGGACAAGAAGACAGGUAACUCGUUUCUGUUGAAGCUAUUCAAUUUGAGAAUGAUCAGAGGAAGACGUUCCAACAAGAAACCAACGACAGAUGCUGUUGCUGUUUCAGAGAAGAAGCCUUUGAAGUUGAGGUUUUUCCCUACAAAGACCACACAGUUUAAAAGAACUCUGAACAAAGUCUUGAGGUUAAAGACUAUGCCCAUGAAGAUAUCGACUGACUUCAAUUUAGUUUCAGUUAAUUAG